AGUUCGGGACCGGCGCCUUCUCCUUGCUUCUCGGGGUCGUGGCCUUGCUCCCGCCGUGCAAGGGAAGAGUUCGGGCGUGUCCACGCGCGUGUGUGCGCGUGGGGCCUGAAGUGCUCGUGCGUCCAGCUAGGUCUCUGUGGGGGCAGAAGCAGGAGCCAUGGGCGGGACCUCCAGCACCCGCCGGGUCACCUUCGAGGCGGACGAGAAUGAGAACAUCACCGUGGUGAAGGGCAUCCGGCUUUCAGAAAAUGUGAUUGAUCGUAUGAAGGAAACCUCCCCAUCUGGUUCGAAGUCUCAGCGGUAUUCUGGCGCUUAUGGUGCCUCAGUUUCUGAUGAAGAAUUGAAAAGAAGAGUGGCUGAGGAGCUGGCGUUGGAGCAAGCCAAGAAAGAGUCUGAAAAUCAGAAACGACUUAAGCAAAGCAAAGAACUGGACCGAGAGAGGGCUUUUGCCAAUGAGCAGUUAACCAGAGCUAUUCUUCGAGAAAGGAUAUCAAGUGAAGAAGAACGAGCCAAGGCAAAGCACCUGGCUAAGCAGCUGGAAGAGAAAGAUCGAGUGAUAAAGAAGCAGGAUGCAUUCUACAAAGAGCAGCUGGCUAGACUGGAGGAGAGGAGCUCAGAAUUCUACAAAGUCACCACCGAACAAUAUCAGAAAGCAGCUGAAGAGGUGGAAGCAAAGUUCAAGCGGUAUGAGUUUCAUCCUGUCUGUGCUGAUCUGCAAGCCAAAAUUCUUCAGUGUUACCGCCAGAACACCCAGCAGACCCUCAGCUGCUCUGAUCUGGCCAACCAGUACAUGCGCUGUGUCAAUCAGGCCAAACAGAGCAUGCUUGAGAAGGGAGGAUAAACUCAACUUUUAGAACAAGCAAAACUCCUCAACGUUAAUUCCAGAGGCGGAACAUUUUUUUUUUUUUUUCCUAGUGAGAAAGUAACCCAUUUAAAGAGAAGACGAUUAAAGAGAAGCACCAGAGAGCAGAUUCAGCCGAAGCACAUCCCAGUUUGAGUAGCUGCAGUGUGAAAAGCCGAGGCCUAGAUCAGGUAUCUGCCAGCAAGGACACUGCAGUGUUAGUCAACCCAUUUAUGACCAUUAAAAGAGAAAGGCACCCCCUCCACCUUUUUAACUUUCUGUUCUUACCAGGCUCCAUGGUUUGGUGAACGUUCACCAAACAAAGCUGGGGUCUGGGAUGGUGGGGGGCGGAAGGGGGGACAAAGGUAAUUAGAGUGGGGAGGUGGGAGGGGCACCAAACCUCCCUCUCCGCCCAGCGGUGCUGGGUAGAAUUGUCUAGGCUGUGGCACGUUGUUUUUCUCUUGUUCCUUUCUCCCCUUACUAUAUAAGAGCUACUUCAUUUAACUUAUUAUAGUGAUCAUGUAAGUAAGACAAAAAGGAGAGAAAAAUGUACCUCUUUUACUGGAAUGAUGUUUAUGAUUACAAGUGAAAUAAGGCAUUUUUUAUCCUCAUAAAGGCAACCUUGGCUUAUACAACCUCUUCUCGAUCAUGAAUACUGACAUCUUUACUUCACUCACUAUCAAUAAUAAAUAUAUUUUCCGACGAAGACUGGCAUUGUA